AUGAGAGGGCGGAGCUAUGCCGUCGUGACGUCCUUCUUUCAACGUGUUUCCAUCCAGCCAACUCGUUACCUGGCCAGUAAACGAACAAUGGUGAAGCUCACUGAGGAACAGCGGAAGGAGGUCUUGAAUCCUUUAUUGACAGAAGGAUGGAAAAUGGUCGAUGGACGCGAUGCUAUGCAAAAAUCUUUCCAAUUCAAGGACUUCAAUGAGGUUCAUAUUUGCUUCCAGUUUCGCGUUUAA